AUGGACAAGAAAUCCCGUCUUUUGUUUAAAGAAUCGAAAUUUAGUACGGGCGUCAUGUACCUCACCGAUGAUGCGAUGCUAUGCGACGACAGAGACAUAGAGGCGGGACGUUGCACUAUCAAGACUAGGGAGGGAAGAGUGGAAGCUUCAGUUCCUUCCCGAGAACGUUAUACAGAAGGGUGGGUUGGUUAUAUACUCUUAUGCGCGUUCCUUCUUCGAACCUUUUGGUAUGUAUUGCCCCCUAACUAUAGAUCAGAUCCACCAGACGAGAAACUCAAUUCCGCACUGCUGCGGAGUCGUCGGACUUAUCCACCAAGGGAUUCGUGGAAUUUCUGUGGAUUGCGUUGGAGGAAAUCUACCAAAGCUAGGCAGAUAGAUAGACUCCUUUCCCGCGGGGAGCAAGAAACUAAAUCAAAUGAUUGUUUUUUAAUCAGCGCCCCUUUUGGGUAUGCAGGUACUAAGAGUCUUCUCACUACCAACCAGCAGACAUCGUCUGGCUGGGUCUUGCCGGGGAGAUCGGAGCAACAGGGAACGCCUAGACGACGUUUUUAUUCCUGGGCUGCAGUAAGUAGAUCGAGAGGUCGUUCCGCCCCUUGUCCCCGAAUAUGGGUAAUAUGUUCUCAAAAAAUAUUGCUCCAAUCUGACCUAGCUGGCGAGCGAUCCCAGUUCGCGGCAGAGAACAAGACAGCAAGCGAGCGUACCUUUGUUCGCUUCUUCUCCACCAAGCACGGAAGUUUAAGGAUAACUGUAGGUCGGUGGCUGCCUAAGGAAACUCCGAUUCGAUCCGCCCCCCGGCUGGGAGGCAUCUACCUCAUCCCGAUCACAAGGAGAGGUUCACCAUGAUGGGGGUACUUCUUUUUUUUUCCCUUCCGGAGAAAUACAUAGGGGACCAUUCUUUUGUUGCGGCAUGCUCCUCAGAUUUACGGAUUCGCAGGGGGCCUCAGGCCCCACUUAGUUGACUGACAAUGACAAAGGCUUGCGAAACUAAGUAGGGCCUUUUGAAUUGAAUCUUAAGUAGUCUAUCAGUGGUGCGAAGCGGCUUUGCCCCUUUUCAGUAGGGGGGCGAAAGGUUAGACCUUAGAAAGUCAGCGAACAGCGGUUCUUCUAUGUAGGUAUGGCGUUCCCCCCUCUCCUUUCAGUCGCGCUACUUCGUUACCCUCUCCUCUCCUAACGUCGUCGAGCUAAGUGACUUCGUAACCUUUUCGUAGCGUAGUAGAAUGAAGGCUACGCACCGACGCUCUCUUAUCUAUUAAGCGUCUUCGCUAACUCGCUCGCCUACUAUACCCUACUAUACAAUACAUUAGUAGGGUAGGCUAGGCUAACUCAGCCGCUUACUUCUAAAAAUUUAGGGCUAAGUAGCGCCUUUUCCUUUUUGAAUAACCCAGUCUCAUUAUCUUUCAUAAGUCAAGUAGGCGAACCUAUAGGUCCUUAGUAGGCGUUGACAAAGAAGAACAGCCGGUUAAAAGACAGCGAAUCUUUUUAUUUAUAUUUUAUAUUAAUUAUUUAAUAAAAAGAUAUAUAUAGGCCAGCUUGACAAGCUACCCUUCCUCUUGAUCUGAGGUGCGAAGAGAAGCAUCUCUUUUUUAUGACUUCCACUUAUCGAUCCCGGCCCGGAAAAGUAACCGACCAGGGCCCUAUUGAUGAAUGAAAGAAAGGGUUUAUGAGCCCUAGCCCUGUAAGCCCACACCUGUGUAGAGUGGAUCGUUCAACACCUGCGGCACAAACCCAUUUUUGACCUAUUGGUCCUAGUAUCAUAGGCGACCGAACGGCCGCCCCCUAAUUACUAGACCAACCUGCUAUAAUAAUUCCAUAAACACCUAGCGAAGAUAUGGCAAACAAAUAAAGUAGCCCUAUGUUCGAAUCUGACAAUACCAUACCAUAAUCAAAAGGUACAACGGCCCGAGCAACCAGACUUAACAUAAAUGUAGUCACUGGAGCCAUUCUAAAAAGGGAGAAAUUAGCACUACUUGGUGAAAUAGGUUCUUUUAGAAUCAAUUUCAAACCAUCUGCUAGAGGUUGUAACAAUCCGAACGAUCCCACUACAUCAGGACCCUUUCGACGUUGCACAAAAGCCAUUACUUUACGUUCAGCUAGCACUAAAAAGGCUACUCCUAGUAGAAGUGGUAGAAUUAUUCCAAGUAUUUCGGCUGGAACAGCUAUGUACGUUUUCGAUUUUCUAUUCACUCAUGA